AUAUAAAGGGCAACCAAUUCUUGCAUGCGUGCAAGUCAUUAACCAGAGCCUUUUGCCUAAUAAUUCAGCUUCAAGAUUAAGAGAGAGAGAGUAUGAAGCCGACAAGCCUUGUCCUCCUCGUCCUCGCCAUCAUGAUCCCGGCAUCGUUGGCCCUCGCCAGCGAAACGCCCAACAAGAUCCACCCGCUCCGGCCGCAGGCUGGCUCCGGUGGCCACCGCAUCCCGGGCGUCUCCUGCCUGAGCUGGCGGCUCGCGGUGGAGACCGACAACAUCCAGGACUGGGACCUGGUCCCCUGGGCAUGCGAGAACUACGUCGGGCACUACAUGCUCGGCCACCAGUACCGCAAGGACUGCAACGCUGCGGCGUGGGCGGCGUACGACUACGCCAAGGGGCUGACGCUCAAGAAGGAUGGGAAGGACGUAUGGAUCUUCGACAUCGAUGAAACCUCCCUCUCUAACCUCCCUUACUAUGCCCGCCCCGACAAUGCAUUUGGGGCAAAGGAGUACAACGAGACGACGUUUAAGGAAUGGGAGCUGGAGGGCAAAGCCCCAGCUGUGCCAGCGAUACUUGGCCUGUACAAGAGGCUGCUGAAAUUGGGGUUCAAGAUCGUGUUCAUCUCCGGCAAGUCCGAGAGCUUGAGGUCGAUCACUGUCUACAACAUGAAGAAGGUGGGCUACUACACUUGGGAGAAGCUCAUCCUCAAGCAAACAUCAGAAUCCGGGACGACAGCAAUGGUGUACAAGUCGAAGCAGAGGAAGGAGCUUGAAGAGGCAGGCUACAGAAUCCUGGGGAACAUGGGAGACCAGUGGAGCGAUCUGCUGGGGACUCACGUCGGGAACCGCACCUUCAAAGUCCCAAAUCCGAUGUUCUACAUCGCCUGAACCUCGGAUCACUUUUUCAAAUCAUUCAGCUUCGAUCAUCGUAUGUCGGAGUCUAUGCCCCGCUAAAUUUGUAGUAUUGGAUAAGGUCAAUAAGAGCUUAAGGUAGAUUCCCUCGAAAUGCUUUAAUGUCUUGUCCUUAUUGCGAAGGAUGUUUCAACUACCACUCUUUUAUCUAGUACUAUGAUGGAUAUGGCUUGUCUCUAUGUCCAAUUAGAUGUGCAAUAAUUGUGAGGUACAUUUGCUUAA